GGAAUUCCUACUUAAAACGAAAGUAAUCUGGCUGUUUGUAGGACAAAGUAGCUAGUAUGGCUGACAGAAAAUACUGUGCUGGUUGUGAGCGUGGUAACGAAAACAUCAAAGCCGAAUCCUGGUGCAGUGACUGCACUGAACUUGUAUGUAAGACAUGCGCCGGAGUUCAUAAAAGGCUUUCCCCACCUCACAUGGUAGUACCAAUGAAAGAAAUACAAGAACUCAGUUCUUCGCUUCUUACAUUAUCAAAGAACUGUGAAAAUCACCCUGAUCAAAAGAUUGUCAUGUACUGUUGUCAACACGACAAAGUAAUAUGCGGUUCAUGUGUACCGAUAUCACAUCAGAAUUGCACAGCUAUCAUGUCAAUUGAAAAAGCUGCUAGAAGUGUGAAAAAUGGCACUGCUAUUUCUGACUUAGAGAGAAGAAUGGAUAAUCUAAGUAAAGUUACAGAAAUCAUACUGAUUCAGACUGCAACAAUACUGGUAGAUUUGGAAAUGAGUCGAAACAAGGUCAAGAAGAGAGUAUCUGAAAUCAAACAGGAAAUUAUUGCUCAUAUAGAUAAGUUAGAAGCACAAAUAUAUGAAGACAUUGAUUGUAAAUAUAAAAACUGUACUGAAAUGGUAUCUGAAAAUAAAAGUAGCAUCACAUCUAGCUCUGACUCGUUAUCUACAUGGAAACGGGAUCUUAAAUCACUGAAGCAAUAUACAUCAGAAAUCCAUUUAUUCCAGGUGGUAAAAUUUCUAGAUGCCAGAACUCACCAGAAAGAAUUAGAAAUAAGAGAAAUUCAAACAGCAACUGUUCCAAUACUAACAUAUCAUCCUUCGGAAUCUGAGUCAAACAUUCAGAAAUUAGUCCCAGACUUUGGUACAAUUACGGUAGAAAAUGUUCAGGUUCAAAUGCCUGCACUAACUAUAGACCACCAAUGUCAGUUUCUCGUUGGAGACGAAAGAAAGCUAUCGCUAACACAUUCAUUUCAGACCUCGAAAUUAGGUAAUGGAGUAAAUAUUAAUAGAGGUUGCUUUAUUCCUGGUGAUAGGUUACUCCUCGGUCACAACUUGAACAAACAACUUUAUGUUUGUGGCAGUGAAGGAUCUAAACCCAAAGUAAUUAAUUUUAAUUGUAACCCAAGAUAUAUUACCCUGUAUGACACUAACCAUGCGUUAGUAUCUAUGGGUUAUGGAGACAUCCAGAUCAUCGAGCUAGCAUCAGUAAAACCUGGUAGGAUAAUUAAAGUUGGAGGAAAUUGUAGAGGAAUCACCAGUGUAAAGGAUAAGAUCUGGGUAAAAAAUCUGUCCAACACACUAACCAUAUUGAAUAUCAAUGGUAAAGUUCUAAAUUCAAUACAAACAACAUUUCAUCCUUGGGAAAUCUGUGCCAACAAAGAUGGUGAUGUUUAUUGUAUAGACCGUGAUAGUGAUAUAGUCUACGUCGUUACAUCGGAUGGAAAAGAACGUAAGAUUUACAGUAGUCCUGACCUGAAAGAUCCUGACGGGGUGGCUGUAGAUGACCGUGGUGACGUGUUUAUAGCAGGGGAAGGAUCAAACAACAUACAUCGAAUAUCUAAAGAUGGACAGAAACAUGAUAUUGUCCUUACAGCAGACGAUGGUAUCAAAAACCCGACAGGAUUAUCAUACAACUGUGAAACAAGAGAACUGUUAGUUGUAAACAAUGAUUAUUCAUCUAUCAAUAUUUAUAAAGCACAAUGAACAAAGAUUAAGAAGCAUUUCUGUUUCAUCUAUUACUAUUAGAUUUGAUGAUUACCAUCAAGAUAAAAAAAAAACACACAACAAGAUUCUAUAAUUUGGUUAAAUUUUGAUAU